CAUCAUCAGUUGUCUUUUAUCACUCGUCGCGUGCAGUUGGAAGUUAACGGACGCGCCCUCCCUUUGUCGGUCGAUUCUGAUAAAUUUCCCUCCCGGUCGGGGUAGUGAAUCGAAAGCAGUGAAAAGUGCGAGGCCUUCUGGCCAUUCCAGAUUCCGGUGCAAGGUGUAAAAGUGCAUAAUAAAGCGGUGAAAUUUUGCCGAAAUCUGAAGCAAAGUGAUUUUAUUUUUUGCGGGAGUAGUUGUGUGCGUGUGAAAGAACGUCCCUUUAACUCGUUGUGUGCAAUCUAUUGUUCUGCUGUCGAACGGAGUCUGUGGUUGUCGUGGUGUGCUCGGCUCGGUUGUGGAUUCUUAUUGGAUUGGGAUUUUUAUGAAUGGACCCCACGUGAAGCGCCGGCAGAGAGUGGCCACACCAAAAGGGACCAGACCAGUCACCGACACCGUGCACGGCGAGCUCAUCUAUCAGUUUGACUGUCUGCUAAAUUGAAUAGAUUUGGCUAACCGUCGUCAUCUCGAAGAAGGACCAGCGUGUCGUAGAAUCUACAAUUUUUUCACGGGACUCGCUGAAAAAAUCCCCACCUUCUCUCUGUAAUGUGACUAAUUGCACCUACGUGCCUGUCCCGUCCGUGUGUCCGCGUCCGUCCGUCAACGGGUUCCGCGUUGUGUGUUUGUGUGUGACUCGGAAAAUCCGGGUAAAAGUUAGAAACGGAAGAAAAUUAUCCCCACCCCCCCCCCCCCCCCCCUUCGAGCCAUCAUCCCGGCUUUGGUGUGGUUUACGUACGGAAAAUAAUCAGUUAUCUCGGUCGGAACCGUGGCGAAAUCCUCUUUUUUCUUACACUAAGAAAAGCCCCCAACCCGCCGCUCUCGAGAAGUCGCAACUUUCGAGCCCUCUCGAUGCACUCGGGAGGAGAACCCACGGUGGCCACCGGCGUUAGUGCCGUCGUCGACGCCGCCGGCAUGAGACAAAGGAUGACUUCGUCACCGCGUGCAGCGUCAUCCUGGCAUCCCUGCCUGGUCCUGGCGGUUCUGUUCGGCACGUACGGCGUGACUCAGUGCGAUGCACUCGAGGCUUAUUAUCCCACAUCGCGCCUCCAUCUGAGCCUUCCCAUCUCCAAGGAAUCGUACAUCAUUCUGCGCAACCACCCGCUGUUGAAUCUCGCCCCAAGGGACAUCGCUAACGACUCCACUCCGGCGUAUCAAUACGCAAUUGAAAGUCCCGCCGAGGGAUUCCUGAGCAUUGACUCCACCACCGGCGAUGUCUGGAUCGAGUCCCACAUCAUGGACCUGCCCAAAAGCACCGAAUUCAUCAUUUCCGCCAGCAGCGGGUCCGAAGUGCUUCGACUCAGCCUCACCAUCACCCCCGUCCCAGUGGAGGAGAAUCACUUGCCGCGAUUUUGCGAGGACCACGUGGACCAGAUUUGCUUCUGGGAAGCGGCCACCUAUCGUAUCGCCGAAAACGAACUCACCGGAUUCCGCGUUGGCCCGCUCGGUCCCCAGCUGUACCAGCAGCUCUGCCGGACGCACUCGGUCAGGUACGCACUCACCAACGGAACAAACUAUCUGGUGGAACGCAACGGGACGCUAUUCAGCAACGGCUCGCUGGAUCACGAACUGGGACGGCCGGGACCGGCGCUGCAGGCUGCCGUGCGUUGUACCGUUCGGAUGAGCGAAAAUAGCGUGCCUAUGGAGGUGGACAAGGUGCUCGAGGUGGCCGUGCUGGAUCGGAACGACAACCGGCCCCGGCUGGAGCACGUGAACGACACCCACAUCGAGCUGGUUCUCGAUGACCCGAUCAUCCACAAGGAUCAAAAGUUGCCUUAUUUGAAUGUGUUGUUCCUGGACAACGACACCAUCGCCGCGAACAGUCACGUGCACUACCAACUGCUGAACGACACCAUGGGACUGUUCCAGCCAAAGUGCGUUACGUACGAGCUUCCCGCUACCAGGCAAACGGUGUUCAGUUGUUCCUUGGAAGCGCAGCAUUACGGUAUUCUGCCGAAAGGUCGUUACUGUGUCGUUCUGCGAGCGGUCGAUGAAAGUUUUCCAGCGGAACUGUUGGCUCCCAAUGACCUGGGAAGUUCGACGAUUUGCAUCACACCGAACCACGACCGCAUCCAGCUGCCCCAACCGGAAGCCUUGGUUAGUCCGGACCACCCAAUCGCCCCGGAAGUAAAACCGGCCCGAGGCAAGAAGCGGUCCGGCACGAAGGCGGCCGCCAUUUUGGCAAACUUCAAGUACGAACCCAAGGUGACGCUGUACAACAGUACCUCACGAUUCGCCAGAGUCACCGUGCCGAGCAACUUCUACGAUCAGCUCAAUGAAACCAAGAUCGAUUUGGAGUACCGCAUCAUCAGCAAUCCACUGGACGCGUUCGAGAUCACCAAAACUGCGGGAAUUAUCUACGUGAAAAACACCACCAUCAUGCACAAGCAGCUCCCGGGGACGGUCCUUUCGCUGGAGGUCGGUUGGCUCAACCACAACGCCACGAUCAAGGUUCAUCUCGAGUCCAAUCCGGGAUCGCCCUGCAACGCCUCUUUCGAAGAGUUCUGCUCGCUGCACUCCAGCAAGAAAAGCUGCGAGUCCAGCUGUGGUAUUGGCAGCGUGGAAGGUAACUGCCACUUCCGGAGCACCGAUGCCAGUAUGCUGUUUGCGGAUCCGUCAUUUUUCAGGGAAACCUACCCCACCUGCUCGCCAGAUCUUGACUUCUGCCCAGAUAACUACUGCGAUCCCCUCGAAGAAAUGGCCUACAGGGAAAACGUUCAAAUUUGUCCCCAAGACUGCGUCCUUCCGGAAAACAUCUUCGGCGUGCACGAAAUCGACAAAAGUCGCCGCCGAGGCCUGCACAUGGCCACAAGUGCGUGCACGUGCCGCGUCACCGGUCAGUGCGAUUGCGUUGCGGCGCUCAACAUCAAACCCGAACACAUGAAGCAGCGAACAAAGCCACCCAAAACAACCAGCACCACCACAACGGAACCAAUCCCGCUAGCGACCGGCAGUAACGUUACGGCGGGAGCAUCCGUACCGGCAGCGGUCCGCGACGGAACGUACUAUCACACCGGCCUAAUCACAGGUCCCCACGCGCCGAUCUACCUGCUGGCCAUCGUGAUCGUGCCGAUGAUUGUGGCCGUGCUGCUGGUUUCGUACUGCUUCACGCGUAAGGUGAGCCUCAAGAAGAAGCUGGUCGACGCGGACAACAUCCCGAUGAACUUGGUGAGCAACGAUACGGAGGUGUUCAACGUGGACAUGUCGCUGCACUCGCGGAUGAACGAUAUCAACUUUAAAAUCGAUUUCGACACCAAGUGGGAGUUUCCCCGCUCGAGCCUCAUCCUGGACAUCACGCUCGGCGAGGGCGAGUUCGGCAAAGUCGUCAAGGGCUUCGCCACCGAUCUGCCCGAACGGCCCGGCAUCACGACGGUCGCCGUCAAGAUGCUGAAAACCGGCGCCAACUCCGUCGAACUACUGGCCCUGCUGUCCGAGUACCAGCUGCUGCAGGAAGUGGCCCAUCCGAACGUGAUCCGGCUGCUGGGCGCGUGCACCAAGGGCGACUCACCGCUGCUCAUCAUGGAGUACUGCCAGUACGGAUCGUUGAAAAACCACCUUCGACUGAGCCGCAAGCUGGAAAUCAUGAACUCCGCCGACUACGAGAACGCUAUCGAGCCGAUUACGGUCAAGGACAUCCUGUCGUUUGCGUGGCAAAUCAGCAAAGGAAUGGCGUACCUGACCGAGAUUAAGCUGGUUCAUCGUGAUCUGGCGGCGCGCAACGUUUUGCUUGCCGAGGGCAAGGUGUGCAAGAUAUCCGACUUUGGACUGACGCGGGACGUGUACGAGGACGAUGCCUACCUGAAGAAGAGCAAGGAUCGCGUGCCGGUCAAGUGGAUGGCGCCGGAAUCGCUCGCGGAUCACAUUUACACCACCAAGAGUGACGUGUGGGCGUUCGGCGUGCUGUGCUGGGAACUGAUCACGCUGGGCGCGUCGCCAUACCCAGGCAUUCCACCGCAGAAUCUGUACACGCUGCUGAAGCAAGGCUACCGAAUGGACUGUCCGUCCAACUGCUCGGAGGAAAUCUACAGUAUCGUACGCUCGUGCUGGGCCGACGACCCCAAGUUGCGUCCCUCGUUCAAGCAUCUGGCUGGCCAGUUUGAACGGCUUCUUGGGCGUACGGCCAAGUACAUCGACAUGGAGCAGAACUCGAUCUCGAACCCGGUCUAUUGCGAGAACAAAGACGAAACCGACUGCGCCCAGAUCUCCUUCGUCCAGGAGGAGCAAGCUCGCCUGGAAAGCCUCUGGACCACGCCGCAGUACGAACCGGCCACCGACGCCAGUACGAUCGCCAGCUUCCGCUACCUUUCCCCCAUCACGGACAAAAAGACCCUACUCCAAAGCUACGACACCCCGCGACCCCUCAUCGAAACGGCCACCAUCGAGCAGAAGCUGCGCUACGAAAACGACGUCCGACUGCGGCCCAAGAAGGUCGGCACCUACCCACCCUCGUCCGGCACUCCCACGGUCUACAUCAACUCCGCCAGCAACCCGAACCUGCUGCUCGAAGACGAAACGACCUUCACCACGGAGUACGAUUCGCCCAGCCGGCAGCCGCGCCCCGUCUCCUACCUGGACAUGAACAAGCACAGUGUCAACCUGAACCUCGCCAUCAACAACAUGGUCGACAAGAAGCAGUCCAAGGACAUUGCGUUCCGCUUCUCCAGCAUAGACAACAACCUGCAGAUCGUGUCGGGCGAUUCGCCCGAGGACGCGGAACGGCCGGUCGUCGUUCAGAUUGGGCCGACUGACGUGGCGGAACCCGCAGAAGGGCGGGAUGAGGUGGACUUUCCGUGCAAGGUGUUGAACGCGCCGCAGGAGUUGCACUCCGUUACCGUUACCUCGACUGUUUAGACUAGGAAGACCCAGCUGAAGAAAGGUCUUUUGUUGAAAGUUUUUCUCUUCAUUUUUUUGAUAAUGAACUAUUUUUAAAUGUAUUACUAAGGGGUAAAGAAGAAGCAGGAACAGUUAUUGCUAAGUGGUCUUAUGUAAGUGGAACCAAAGUUGACCCUACAGUUCGUAGCAGAUCGAAAAACCAAAAUAAAAUGUUUGAUAUCAAUAUAUGUAUUACAGUAAACAAGUAGUUAGUUACAGAAACAGAACAAUGUGCGUUACGCUGAGCUUAACGAAGGCAGGAUUUGAACUCGCAGCAUUCCAAACGUAUUUAUUUCAAGUUAUUCCUUUUUUUGUUCUGUUAACCAGUAAGCAAUGAUCUCAUUUUGCAAUCGAAUACCAAAACCAAGUUAUCUACCGGCUAGAUCCGGUACCUAUGUACAUGUAUAAGUGUGAUUUUGUUAGUUUGACUAUUUAUUUCUAU